AUGUGGAAAUUAUUACGGAUCAAGGACAUCAAAAUCGAUAAAGACGGUAAAGUUAGGAACGUUCAGGUGGAAACUCCCACUGGGAAACUUCUCGAUCGUCCAAUAAAUGUCUUGUAUCCUCUCGAAGUUAAUGAUGAAGAAAUUCAUCUUGAACCUAAUAAGAAAGAAAAUAUGAAAAUUCCGGAAACCGAACAGAACACUGAGGAGCUCCAGGAACCUAUUGCGAUGCGAACUAGGAGCAAUACAAAACGACAAUCUCGAUUAAAGGAGGUUAAUGUUUACACUCGCAGUCCUAUCACACUCCCUGCGAUCAAGUGUAAUAAUAUCACCCGAACUGUGUGUACUAAAGCAUUUCUGUGGUUUUCAUUAUCAGUAAUUUCGGACCAAACAACUACCACCGCACCAUCAUCAGAAACCUGUAGAGAUUUACACGAUCAAAGACAGAUCAAUGGAAGUAAAUUAACCCAAAUUUUCCAUAAUAAGUGGACAACAACCAACCAAGUACAUUACUACGGAUGGCUGGGUGUUAGAUGCCAAUCCACUACAAAUUUAGUAUUAACAGAAGGAGAAAUAUUCCUUUACGAUGGAAAUGGGUCUGUAUCGGAUUUCGAAACUGCGGAAAAUUGUAUUACACAAGACGGAAAAUGUAUCACAAACAAUAGUAUCGUUCUAUGGGAUAUUCAACAAAUAACGAAGAAGUGUCGAUAUCGUAAGGUGGGAAAUUUUAAUGCUCAAUUUUACGAAAAUCAUGUUACCAUUCGUCUUCAGUAA